AUGGCUACAUUAAUUGAUCUAUUGGCAGGUGUCCGACCUUCAUGUGCAGCGCUUGUAGCACAUGAAUCUUCCUCUGUGCGGGUGAAUACAGAGAAAUUGCGUCUGUUUGUAAAGGAUCUUGAUAAUGACAAGGAGUUGACACGACGUGUAGAGACAAUGAACUUUCCACUGAACUUUCGCUCGCAGCAGGACGAACUUAAUUUUGUCAUAUUGUAUGGAUUACUGAAUUUUGGGAGUGGAUACCGAAAGGAUCUACACAAGUACACUGAGCGAGGAGCUCAUGACACUAUUGUAUUUGGACUGAUUGGCAUGUAUAUCUCAGUACCUAAGCUAGAUGCUCAGUUCUUGCAGAACUUGAGCAUUGACUUCAUUGCGUCCUUCUUCAGCAUUCCAUUGGAGAAAGAUGAAGAGAUCUCGACGGGUAUCUACAUGUCCAAACCGGGACCGUUAAAGCCACUUGCUGUAAUGAUUCAAAAGAUCUUGAACGAGUCUGGACAAAAGCUAGUUGAGCUAAAGAUGCAAGAUUUUGGAGCUUUUGUUCUGGCAAACCUUUCGCCCAACAACAGUAUCAGUGUGGAGAAGAAGGAAACUGUCAGUUCCAGUUCCAGUGCAGCAUAUCUUGUGAACAAAUUGGUCGCUACAUUCCCAGGCUUUGACGAUUCCUAUGAGUUCCAUGGUGAGAAAGUGUACGUUCUCAAACGUGCUCAACUGGCUGUUGCGUGCAUACAUCGACGAUUCAAGGACUCCGACCCAAAGUUGACGUUCGCUGACAUCAACGAGCUGACGGCUUUCAGUGACAACGUUUUACCUUGUGUAUUGCACGCUUUGGGAAUUCUUGAGUACGAUGCUGACUUAGAGAAUCGCAUCAGGUGCGGCAAGGAGCUGCCUACUGGUCAGCAGGAGUGCGAGUUGCGUGCCGCCGCGAUCGUGGCGUGUGAACAGAUUGUAGCGGAGAGUAAGGGCCGCAUCAGCACUCUUGAGCUGGACUGUUAUUUGUGGCGUCUGGUCAAGGAGGACCGUUUCCGAGGCCUUGAGCGUCACGCAACGCGCGACACGUUUUUCUACUGA